UUUCCGGAAAAAAAAAACAAAAGAGGAUUUUGCCUCUCCUACGUCUGAGUCGGUCUGUUUUUUGGCCGCGGUUGAUUCCCUCCAUGUCGGCUCUCUGUAUAUCUGCAUAAAUUUAGAUGUGCACAUAAAAUAGGUAGCCCUAGCCCUAAAUCCUCCUUCCCUAAUAAUUACUACUAGUAAAUUACAGACACGAUUAGUAGCUGUCCAUAUUUCUCUGGAACAGAGGAGGAGAAGCCAUAACUCCGCCGUAGGCGGCAGCUUCUGAACAGAAUAGUGAGCUAUGUCGCAUAUCGGUGGUGGAGCUGAGGCUCAUGCCCGUUUCAAACAGUAUGAGUAUCGAGCCAACUCCAGUCUUGUCCUGACCACUGACUCGCGCCCACGUGACACCCAUGAGCCCACUGGUGAGCCCGAGUCCCUUCAAGGCAAGAUAGAUCCCAAAACCUUUGGUGACCGUGCCUCGCGGGGUAAGCCUCGUGAAUUGGAAGACCAACUUCAAAAGUCCAAGAAGAAGAAGGAGCGAGAACCACUAGCUUCCGAACCCAAUCCUGGCAGGCAGAGCAAGAAGAGGCGCCUUCUACAGGAGGAAAGUGUUCUUACUACCACUGAUGAGGGUGUUUAUCAACCUAAAACUAAAGAAACCCGGGCUGCCUAUGAGGCCUUGCUCAGUGCUAUUCAGCAGCAGUUAGGUGGCCAGCCUCUUAACAUUGUCAGUGGUGCUGCUGAUGAGAUUUUAGCUGUUCUUAAGAAUGAAAAUCUCAAGAAUCCUGACAAGAAAAAGGAGAUUGAGAAGCUUUUGAAUCCUAUCCCCAGCCAAGUAUUUGAUAAUCUGGUAUCUAUCGGGCGGCUAAUUACUGACUAUCAAGAUGCUGGUGAUGCUGCUGGAGCUGCUGCUGCCAAUGGUGAUGAGGGUCUUGAUGAUGAUGUUGGUGUUGCUGUUGAAUUUGAGGAGAAUGAAGAAGAGGAUGAUGAUAGUGACUAUGAUCUAGUACAGGAGGAUGAAGAGGAUGAAGAUGAUGGACUCGACGCGAAUGCCGGUGCCAUGCAGAUGGGUGGGAUUGAUGAUGAUGAGAUGCAGGAUGCUAAUGAGGGGAUGACCUUGAAUGUUCAGGACAUUGAUGCCUACUGGCUUCAGAGGAAGAUUUCACAGGCUUAUGACCAACAAAUUGAUCCGCAACAGAGCCAGAAGCUUGCUGAGGAGGUCCUCAAAAUUCUUGCUGAAGGUGAUGAUCGUGAAGUUGAAACCAAGCUCUUGUUGCAUCUGCAGUUUGAUAAGUUCAGUCUUGUCAAGUAUAUGUUGCGGAACCGGCUGAAGAUAGUUUGGUGCACCCGCUUGGCAAGGGCUGAAGACCAAGAGGAUAGGAAGAAAAUUGAAGAGGAGAUGAUGGCGCAGGGGCCAGAUCAUGCUGCAAUUCUGGAACAGUUGUAUGCCACCAGGGCAACUGCAAAAGAGAGGCAGAAGAACUUGGAGAAGAGCAUUAGAGAAGAGGCUCGCCGUUUGAAGGAUGAAACUGGAGGAGAUGGGCAACGAGAAAGAAGGGGGCAAGGCGAUAGAGAUGCUGAUGGUGGUUGGCUGUCAGGGCAACGUCAAUUAAUUGAUCUUGACAGCCUUGCAUUUAACCAGGGAGGUCUCUUGAUGGCCAACAAAAGGUGUGAGCUUCCAGAAGGUUCUUUUAGGAAUCAGAAGAAGGGAUAUGAAGAAGUUCAUGUACCAGCAUUAAAGCCGAAACCAUUAGGACCUGGUGAAGAACUAGUAAAGAUCUCUUCCAUACCUGACUGGGCGCAGCCGGCUUUCAAAGGAAUGACCCAAUUAAACAGGGUUCAAAGUAAAGUUUAUGAGACAGCACUUUUUGGUGCAGAUAAUAUUCUAUUAUGUGCUCCCACAGGUGCAGGGAAAACCAAUGUUGCUAUGCUCACCAUCCUUCAGCAGAUUGCUUUGAACAGAAAUGAAGAUGGGUCUUUUAACCAUGACAAUUACAAAAUUGUUUAUGUGGCUCCAAUGAAGGCACUGGUUGCUGAAGUAGUUGGUAACCUCUCUAAUCGUCUCCAGGAUUAUGAUGUCAAGGUGAAAGAGCUGAGCGGAGACCAGACACUGACCCGUCAACAGAUUGAAGAGACUCAGAUCAUUGUUACAACCCCAGAGAAGUGGGAUAUAAUAACCAGGAAAUCUGGUGAUCGUACCUACACUCAGAUGGUAAAGCUGCUCAUCAUUGAUGAGAUACAUCUGUUGCAUGAUAACCGGGGUCCCGUGCUGGAGAGCAUUGUAGCAAGAACUGUAAGGCAAAUUGAGACCACUAAAGAGCACAUACGGUUGGUGGGCUUGUCUGCUACACUUCCAAACUAUGAAGAUGUAGCUUUGUUCUUGCGUGUUGAUGUGAAGAAAGGUCUCUUUCACUUUGACAAUAGCUAUAGACCUGUUCCUCUUGCUCAACAGUAUGUAGGAAUCUCGGUAAAGAAGCCUUUGCAGAGAUUUCAGUUGAUGAAUGACGUGUGCUAUGAGAAAGUAAUCAGUGUGGCAGGAAAGCAUCAGGUGCUUAUUUUCGUGCACUCCAGGAAAGAAACUGCCAAGACAGCUCGUGCAAUACGUGAUGCUGCACUUGCCAAUGAUACUCUUGGCAAGUUCUUAAAAGAGGACAGUGCAAGCCGUGAAAUUCUUCAGAGUCACACUGAGCUUGUAAAGAGCAAUGAUCUCAAGGACUUGCUACCCUAUGGUUUUGCAAUUCAUCAUGCUGGGAUGGUUAGAGCUGAUCGUCAAAUUGUUGAGGAUCUUUUCUCAGAUGGGCAUGCACAAGUGUUGGUUUCCACGGCUACUUUAGCUUGGGGUGUCAAUUUACCAGCACACACUGUGAUUAUCAAAGGUACCCAGAUAUACAAUCCUGAAAAGGGAGCAUGGACUGAACUAAGCCCCCUUGAUGUUAUGCAGAUGCUUGGUCGUGCUGGAAGGCCUCAAUUUGACACUUAUGGUGAAGGAAUUAUUAUUACUGGACACAGCGAGCUACAGUAUUAUCUCUCUCUGAUGAAUCAGCAGCUUCCCAUUGAAAGUCAGUUUGUAUCGAAGCUGGCUGAUCAGUUGAAUGCGGAAAUUGUUCUUGGAAGCGUUCAGAAUGCUAAAGAAGCUUGCCUUUGGCUCGGUUAUACUUAUCUUUAUGUUCGCAUGGUUCGGAAUCCUACCGUUUAUAGUUUAGCUGCUGAUGCCCUUGCUUCAGAUAAUAUGUUGCAGGAAAGGAGAGCUGAUCUGGUUCAUUCAGCAGCAACAUUAUUGGACAAGAAUAACCUGGUGAAAUAUGACAGGAAAAGUGGAUAUUUCCAGGUCACUGACUUGGGACGCAUUGCCAGCUAUUACUAUAUAACUCAUGGAACGAUUUCUACAUAUAAUGAGCACUUGAAGCCAACAAUGGGGGACAUUGAGCUAUGUCGUCUUUUCUCCCUUAGUGAAGAAUUCAAGUAUGUGACAGUGAGACAAGAUGAAAAGAUGGAAUUGGCAAAGCUUCUGGAACGUGUCCCUAUCCCUAUCAAAGAAAGUCUGGAAGAGCCUAGUGCCAAGAUCAAUGUUCUUCUACAGGCAUAUAUUUCUCAACUGAAGCUUGAAGGUCUCUCUUUGACAUCUGACAUGGUGUUCAUUACCCAGAGUGCAGGGCGUCUUAUGCGAGCAUUAUUUGAGAUUGUUUUGAAGAGAGGAUGGGCCCAAUUAACUGAAAAGGCAUUGAAGUGGUGCAAAAUGAUUAACAAGCGAAUAUGGAGUGUCCAGACACCACUCCGUCAAUUUCAUGGGAUUCCAAAUGAAAUUUUGAUGAAGUUGGAGAAGAAAGAUCUGGCUUGGGAAAGGUACUAUGACCUCUCCUCGCAGGAGAUAGGAGAACUCAUCCGUUUCCCUAAGAUGGGGAGAACUCUGCACAAAUUGAUUCAUCAAUUCCCUAAGCUUAACUUGGCUGCUCAUGUCCAACCGAUCACUCGUUCUGUUCUGAGGGUUGAACUCACUAUUACACCAGAUUUCCAGUGGGAUGACAAAGUACAUGGAUUUGUGGAACCGUUUUGGGUAAUUGUCGAGGAUAAUGACGGGGAAUAUAUUCUACAUAAUGAGUAUUUCUUGCUGAAGAAGCAAUAUAUUGAUGAGGAUCACACACUGGAUUUUACAGUCUCAAUAUAUGAACCACUGCCUCCCCAGUACUUCAUUCGUGUCGUAUCAGAUAGAUGGCUUGGGUCGCAGACUAUCUUACCUGUUUCUUUCAGGCAUCUGAUUCUGCCAGAGAAGUACCCUCCUCCUACGGAGUUAUUAGACUUACAACCCUUGCCUGUGACAGCUUUAAGAAAUCCAUCUUAUGAGGCUCUAUAUCAUGAGUUUAAGCAUUUUAAUCCUGUCCAAACUCAGGUUUUCACUAUCCUGUACAACUCAGAUGACAAUGUCUUAGUUGCUGCACCCACUGGUAGUGGAAAGACAAUUUGUGCAGAAUUUGCGAUAUUGAGGAAUCACCAGAAAGGUCCUGAAAGUGUCAUGCGUGCUGUAUACAUUGCUCCUAUUGAGGCUCUUGCUAAGGAGCGGUAUAAUGACUGGAAAAGGAAGUUUGGAGAUGGGCUAGGGAUGAAAGUGGUUGAGUUGACUGGUGAGACAGCAACAGAUAUCAAACUGCUUGAAAGAGGUCAGAUAAUUAUUAGUACUCCAGAGAAAUGGGAUGCUAUAUCUCGCCGUUGGAAACAGCGAAAGCAUGUUCAGCAAGUUAGUCUUUUCAUUGUUGAUGAACUCCACUUGAUUGGGGGCCAGGGUGGUCCCAUUCUGGAGGUUAUAGUUUCUAGAAUGAGAUAUGUUGCAAGUCAGCUGGAGAACAAGAUAAGGAUUGUAGCUUUAUCAACUUCUCUUGCUAAUGCCAAAGAUUUGGGAGAAUGGAUUGGAGCUACCUCUCAUGGUCUUUUCAACUUUCCUCCAGGUGUGAGGCCUGUACCCUUGGAAAUUCAUAUUCAGGGCAUUGACAUUGCUAAUUUUGAAGCCAGGAUGCAGGCCAUGACAAAACCCACAUAUACUGCUAUCGUCCAACAUGCCAAAAAUGGGAAACCAGCAAUUGUGUUUGUUCCUACCAGGAAGCAUGCCCGCUUGACUGCUGUGGAUCUGAUGACCUAUGCAAGUGUGGACGCAGACAAAAUAAUGUUCCUUUUACAGUCUGCAGGAGAUUUGGAACCUUUUAUUGAUAGAAUAAAAGAACCAAUGUUGAAAGAGACUCUUCGUUAUGGUGUGGGUUAUUUGCAUGAGGGCUUAACUGGUACUGAUCAAGAUAUAGUCAAGACUCUCUUUGAAACUGGAUGGGUUCAAGUGUGUGUUAUGAGUAGUUCAAUGUGCUGGGGAGUGGCCUUGUCUGCACAUCUGGUGGUGAUUAUGGGAACACAACAUUAUGAUGGCAGAGAAAGUGCUCAUAGUGACUACCCUGUUACUGAUUUGCUGCAGAUGAUGGGGCAUGCCAGUCGACCCCUUGUUGAUAACUCAGGGAAAUGUGUCAUCUUCUGUCAUGCGCCAAGGAAGGAGUACUACAAGAAGUUCCUAUAUGAAGCAUUCCCAGUUGAAAGCCAUUUGCAUCAUUAUCUGCAUGACAAUUUAAAUGCUGAGGUGGUUGCUGAGGUCAUACAAAACAAGCAGGAUGCUGUGGAUUAUCUAACAUGGACAUUCAUGUAUAGGAGGCUCACCCAGAAUCCAAACUACUAUAAUUUGCAGGGUGUUAGUCACAGGCAUCUAUCUGAUCACCUGUCAGAGCUUGUUGAGAACACAAUCAGUGAUCUUGAAGCAAGUAAAUGCAUUCUUGUUGAAGAAGAUUUCUUACUUUCACCGUUAAAUCUUGGCAUGAUAGCAUCCUACUAUUAUAUCAGUUAUACAACAAUUGAACGUUUUAGUUCUUCUUUGAACUCUAAAACCAAAUUGAAGGGUUUACUGGAUAUCUUGGCUUCAGCCUCAGAGUAUGAACAACUUCCCAUUAGACCGGGUGAAGAAGAGUUGAUUAGGAGGUUGAUUAAUCACCAGCGUUUCUCCUUUGAUAACCCAAAAUGCACUGACCCUCAUGUGAAGGCUAAUGCUUUGCUGCAAGCUCAUUUCGCUCGGCAACUUUUAGGUGGGAAUUUGGCAUCUGACCAGCGAGAGGUGCUUAUUUUUGCUUCAAGAUUGCUCCAAGCCAUGGUUGAUGUAAUUUCCAGCAGUGGUUGGUUAAGUCUUGCCCUUCUUGCGAUGGAAGUGAGUCAGAUGGUAACUCAGGGCAUGUGGGAGCGCGAUUCCAUGCUCCUCCAACUCCCACAUUUUACCAAGGAAUUGGCAAAAAAGUGCCAAGAGAACCCUGGAAAGAGUAUAGAGACAGUUUUUGAUUUGGUGGAGAUGGAGGACGAUGAAAGGCGCGAGCUUUUGCAAAUGUCUGACUUGCAGUUGAUGGAUAUUGCACGAUUCUGUAACCGUUUCCCAAACAUUGAUUUAGCAUAUGAUGUUCCUGAGAGUGACAAUGUGAGGGCUGGAGAAAACAUUAGUGUGCAUGUAACUCUUGAAAGAGAUCUCGAGGGAAGAAUUGAAGUUGGACCUGUUGAUGCACCUAGAUAUCCCAAAGUUAAGGAAGAAGGAUGGUGGCUUGUGGUUGGUGACACUAAAACCAACCAAUUGCUUGCCAUUAAAAGGGUUACCCUUCAGAGGAAGUCCAAAGUCAGACUAGAUUUUGAUGCUUCCGCUGAAGCUGGAAAAAAGACCUACACGCUAUAUUUCAUGAGUGACUCCUAUUUGGGAUGUGACCAGGAGUAUAGUUUUACUAUUGAUGUGAAAGAGGCGGCUCCUGAAGAAGAUAGCGGAAGAGAGUGACCCUCUGAUCUUGUCUUGUCGACAGCUCGAUGUCUUUCUGCUCAUUUUGCUCAAAUCUUGAGAUGUUGGCUUAGAAGAUUCAGCUCAAAAUGCCUGGGAAAUAAAUGCUGAGGGUAUUUUUUGCAGAGAUUCUGUUUGUUAUUUGACAAUUCAAGGAAUGCUGGACUGAGAAGUUCCCUUAGUGUUCUUACAACUGGCAUGUAUUAUGUUAUGUGAAAUUUGGUGGGAAUUAGUUUACGUAGCAGUAGAUUAAUGAUUUUCAGCUCAAGCUUUAUACUUUGAACUGAAAUAGUCAUUUGUAUCGCCAACGUGUUUUUUCUGCUUUUGGAUAUGUAGAUUAUGAGUCACAUAAUAUUUAGCCAUCCCAGUCGGCUACUCAUUUCCCCUCUUUUUGGUUAUUGAUUUUCAGAAUAUUUUGCCGAAAUUAGGAUACAAAUCCAAAAGUAUCUUUCAUACAU